AUGAAAUUGUCUGGCACAUGGUCUAUCCUUAAUGGCCUGAUCGCAACACUAUGUCUGUCAAGGUUAACACUUGCGAUUGAAUUAGACAUCAAUGACAAAGAGUCAAUCAAAGAUGCCGCCAGUACUUCUACCUACGCCAUGAUGGGAUGGUAUGCUGGUAAUGAAACUGGUCAAAUCCCUGGCGCUUUCCCGACCAAGUGGUGGGAAGGGUCCGCGCUUUUCCUCGCCCUCCUCCAGUACUGGCAAUUCACCGGUGACGAUCAGUACAACGCCGAGCUGAGCCAGGGUAUGCAGUGGCAGUCGGGCGAUGACGGUAACUACAUGCCCACCAACUACAGUAGCUACCUGGGAAAUGACGACCAAAUGUUCUGGGGUCUCGCAGCCAUUAUGGCCGCCGAAAUGAAAUUCCCCGAUGUCGAGGGCGGCUUCUCGUGGCUUUCCCUCGCCCAGGGAGUUUUCAACACCCAGACUGCGCGAUGGGAUACAACCAAAUGUGGUGGUGGUUUGCGCUGGCAGCUUUUCCCCUACCAAGACGGUUAUACCAUGAAAAACUCAAUCUCGAACGGAGGCUUGUUCCAGUUGUCAGCGCGUCUUGCCCGCUACACCAAUGACGACAAGUACACGAAAUGGGCCGAGAAAAUCUGGGACUGGUCUACAUCUUCAGUGCUGGUCAACAACAAGACAUGGAACGUCGCAGAUUCAACGAACAUGGACAACAACUGCGCCGACGCCGGUAAUUAUCAGUGGUCCUACAACUAUGGUACCUACUUGAUGGGAGCUGCCUACAUGUACAACUUUACCAGCGACGAAAAGUGGAAAGCACCGGUAGACGGGCUUCUGAAGAAGACAUUCAGCACCUUCUUCCCACACGGCAACGUUCUCGAGGAUAUCACCUGUGAGCCGACGGGAGUCUGCAACUUCAACGAAAUUCUGUUCAAGGGCCUUGUUUCAUCCUGGCUUGCUUUCACCACAAUGCUCGUCCCCGAAACAGCCGAUCAAAUCAAACCAAAACUGCAAGCCUCGGCGGAAGCUGCUGCCAAGGGCUGCACCGGCAACAACAACCAGACUUGUGGUAUCAAAUGGUACACGGAAAAGUGGGAUGGUACGACCGGAAUGGAGCAAGAGAUCAGUGCGACCAAUGUCUUCCUUGCCAAUUUGGUACCAUUUGGUGGCAUCGAUGGACCUGUCACCUCCAAAACUGGUGGAGAUAGUAAAAGCAACCCCGAUGCCGGCAGUGGAAGUGAAGACGGCUCCGACAAGAAAAAGACCAAGCCCAUUACCAACGGUGACAAGGCCGGUGCUGGAAUUUUGACCACCAUCUUUGUUGUUGGCUGGGCUGGGUCCAUGGCUUGGUUGCUCAUGGGUGCUUAG